AUGGUUACGGCACCUGAAAUCCUUUGUGAAGACCCAUCUUCUCGUUUCCAUUUAUUUGAUGGAUCUCCAGGACUAUAUGAAAGAGCACAAGCAAAACUGGUUGAGGCCAAGGCAACUCUGCAGACUGAGCCUCUCAUUGUCCGCCUUUCUGCUCAGUGGUAUGCUUGUGAAGAAGUCUUAGAUGUUCAAAACACUAGAAAAAAGAGGAUGAGUGAAGCAGUUAGGGAUCAAUUUGGUGUUUGGCAUGUCUGUUACUCAAUGCACUCUUCCAAGGAAGAAUUGGAAGAGGCGCUUCAAAUUCUUGCUCCAAGGUGGGUUGUUUCAACAACCCCUACCUGCAGGGCUAUGGAGCUCAAUUAUGUUAAGAAAUACUGUUUUAAUUCAAAAGUCGGUCUCAAUAACUCUGUGUUGAAGCUUCUGGAUUUGACUGUGGAAACUUCUGACAAUGUUGAUGAAUUUGUCAAACCAACUGUUAUCUUGUGCCAGCCUUGUGGAAAAACUAAAUCACCUAUCAAGCUGUAUAGUGAUGCGAAAGCACCGGAAGAGUUGGCUCUUCCGAAUAAUCUCUCGCCUGUCACGUUAUUUGGAAGAGUAAGGCUUGGUCUCUAA